AUGGUGGCCACCUGCCUGCACCUGGCUGGAUUUGUCUGCAGUUUUGUAGGGUGGAUCGGGGUGGUUGUGGCCACGGCCACCAACGACUGGGUGGUGACUUGCGGCUACACCAUUACCACCUGCAGGAAAAUGGAUGAGCUGGGAUCCAAGGGGCUGUGGGCAGACUGUGUCAUGGCAACAGGUCUCUAUCACUGCAAGCCCCUCGUGGACAUCCUCAUACUGCCAGGGUAUGUCCAAGCCUGUCGAGCACUGAUGAUCGCCGCCUCCGUGCUGGGCCUUCCUGCCAUCUUCCUGCUGAUAACAGUCCUGCCCUGCAUCCGCAUGGGCCACGAGCCCGGGGCAGCCAAGUACCGGCGGUCCCAGCUGGGAGGGAUCCUCAUCAUCCUCCUGGCCAUGUGCGGUGUCGUGGCCACCAUCUGGUUCCCGGUGUGCGCCCACCGCGAGACCACCAUCAUGAGCUUCGGCUACUCGCUGUACACGGGCUGGAUCGGCUCUGCCCUCUGCCUCUUUGGUGGCUGUGUCAUUGUGUGCUGCUCGGGAGACGCGCAGACCUUCGGCGAGAACCGCUUCUACUACGGCUCGGGGUCCAGCUCGCCCACCCAUGCCAAGAGCGCUCACGUGUAG